AUGGGAGGUUACUACACUAUUGCCGGAAAGCAAGUUCCUAACCACAAGAUUGCCAUGGCCUUCAUUGGUGCUUACGCUGCCAUCGGUGGUUACUAUAUCAUGAAGCCUAAGGCUCCUCAACCCGCCACUCCUCCAAUUCAAGCCAGCUCUGCUGAUGAGGAAGCUUUCAUUCGCGAAUUCCUUCAAAAGGCCGAAGCCGAAGAAAAGAAGAACUAA